CUCCUGGACUUUCUGCUCCAUAGUCGACAUUUGUUCCUUCCAACCCGCAUAGGUCUCGGAAAUCCAGCGCGCGCGCCCCGAGUCGGCUUCGGCUUCGCGCUGUUGCCAGCGCUCAGUAUAGGCGGCGUCCAGGCGCUCCCGCUCAAGACGUACAGCUUCCGUGAUACUCUGGGUCAUCCCCUGAGUUUCAAUGGAACUCUGGGUCUGGCGGGCUUCCACGUCCUGCGCACGCCGUUCGGCUUCUCCUCGGGUGUUCUCAGCGUGGACCAAGCGAUCCGUGAGUUCCUGGAUCUGGCGACGCGCGUCCAGGUCAUGUUGUUCCCUGAGACGCUCGCGCUCCAAGGCAUCCAGGCGUUCUCUGGCGAGAAACUCGCGUUGCUCCUGCUCCAUACGGGCCUGCCACUCCUGCUGUUGUCGCAAGACAUUCAGCUCGAUUUGAGCGGGCCCGGACCUCGCGGACACGGACGGAUCCACUCGAGCGACUCGACGCAGCUGAUUUUCUGGACAUCGUCGAGCGUCGAGAGCGCACCUCGCUCUUGGAACUCUGGUGUUGACUCCGCUCAUCGGCGCAUCUGA